GCCCCGCGGGCUGGCAUGGCGGGCCAGUUCCGCAGCUACGUGUGGGAUCCGGUGCUGAUCCUGUCGCAGAUCGUCCUCAUGCAGAACGUCUAUUACGGCUCUCUGGGCCUGUGGCUGGCGCUGGUGGACGGGCUGUUGCGCGGCAGCCCCUCGCUGGACCAGAUGUUCGACGCCGAGAUCCUGGGCUUUUCCACCCCUUCAGGCCGGCUCUCCAUGAUGUCCUUCAUCCUCAACGCCCUCACCUGUGCCCUGGGCUUGCUGUACUUCAUCCGGCGAGGGAAGCAGUGUCUGGAUUUCACUGUCACUGUCCAUUUCUUUCACCUCCUGGGCUGCUGGUUCUACAGCUCCCGUUUCCCCUCGGCGCUGACCUGGUGGCUGGUCCAAGCCGUGUGCAUUGCGCUCAUGGCUGUCAUCGGGGAGUACCUGUGCAUGCGGACGGAGCUCAAGGAGAUCCCCCUCAACUCAGCCCCUAAAUCCAAUGUCUAGAAUUGGGUCCAUUGGACACCCUGCUGGGCCGUUGGCCCCCCUACACGUUGGGCUGCUCAGACCCUCCAGCUGAGGUCCAGCCCUGGUCUGAGAGGAACCCUGGAAAUGUGAAGUCUGUUGGUGUGGGAGAGAUAGUGAGGCCCGUCGAGAAGGCAGGUCGCAGUCAGGAUCACAGCUGCAAGAAUGGCCUCUGUCUGCUGAAGCCUUGGUAUCUGGGAGGUCAGCAAAGAGAUCUGAAUUUGGUAUCUGGGAGAUCAGCAAGGGGACCUCUCUCAGGGUAAUAACAGAAUUGGAACCAUGUCACUCUUGAGCCAUCAUACCUGUCACCAGCCUGUUAUUUUAAAAAAGAAAAAAAUCAAGGAUAUUUGAUUGAAGCAAACCACUCUUCUAGUCAUCUGUCUUAUCUCCCUGGGACAGCUGUUACCUUUGUCAUGUUGCCGAACCACAGCUAUUCUGUUUGGAGAAACGCUUGAUGUCUGGAUUCAUAGCCACAGAAAAAGACGCAGGUGCAAAGUAUUAGGCUGCAAUCGGAGAGGAUGGCAGCUGGAGGCAAUCAAGCACAAGGAAAAUGCACAACCCGUGUCCUACUACAUGCAUGUGUGCGUGCACCCAUGAACCCAUGACUGACUGACUUCAAGGUUUCUCUACUGGGUCCCCACCCUGCGGCCAGCUUUCAGCACGGUUGGCCUUAGGACCCAGAGAAGAGCCCCAGCAUUGUUCCCAGUCUAACCCUUGUAGUAGAAUCUCUGGGAAUGAUCAGGCAGCUCAGCUCCCACUGGACAUCAGUUCUGGCAAUAGGUCCUUUUCCUGACUUAUUUGGAAUUCUGCAGUGGGAGGGGCAUGAUGGGUGCCGAGACAGGAAGCCCAACCUUGACAGUGCCAAGGGAGAUAGGAAUUUGCUGUUAAGAUUUUUCUUGGGGGUGGAGUGUCCUCUGUGAGGGGCGUAUAACUGUCCUUCCUGUGUACAUAAAUACAGUAUUUUCCACAGUUCUGCCGGUACUUACUUUGUAAUGCUUUGGGGCUGUGAGAGAUCAGCACAGCCAGGCAAGGGAGCUGUAUAUAAGGAAUUAUUAGGUCACCUUCUCAUUUCCUGGACCCAGAUUCUUCUUUCAUUUGGUUAAGUACAGGGAAGACCUGUGUCCCACCCUCUCCACCUGCAGCCUCCUCUGCUACACCUGGGGUGAACUGCCAUGACUCUCAGGAUUCCUUUCUCACUUGCUGGUGAUUUCUGAACAUCCAGUGGAACACACUGGUCUAGACCCACUUCUGCAUUGAAACCAUUGGUGUUCCUCUUUGGGUCCUCUGGAGUCUGCCCAGGAGAGCUGUCAGUUUUCAACUUUUAAUGUGAGGGCUACACAGAUGAGUUUUGCAUCCCCCCAGGAAUCCUUUCUAGCCUCCUGGCCCCCAGCCCUCCAGAGUAGGGCUUUGAGGCUGACAAGAUGAAGGUUUAAGAGUGAAUGUGCCUGGACAGAGGCUGGGAAAGUGCUGGGUGAGGCAUCUCCAUACUCAGGGUGCUCUGGCUAAGCUGGAAGGAAGCAGCUUGGUAAUAUAACCCUGGCUGCAGGGUCCGAGAGGCAAUACCAGCUAAGAUGACUUCCCCUAGGUGGAUUUCCCUCCAGACACCGCAAACUCUAAUGGCACGUGACUAACUUUAUUUUGAGAAAGCCAUAAGCACACUCAUCAUGUGGCUGCCAUUUCUUUUGGUCACCUGUGGUGGUUGCUGCAGCUGUGAUGGCACACCUCUUUGGGGGUUUCCUUCAGGAGCUGUGCCAUUCUGCGUAUUUCCUAUGAUCAAUCUCUGCUCCCUGAGUGUUAAUUUGGUUUUUGGAUACUGCCAAAAGUCAGGGGAGUCAAUUAAAAAAAUAAUAAUACAAUGACUGAGCUGAACAAUGAGGUCAA